UAAUACUGCAUUAGAAAAAAAUGUUCAAAAAGGAGUUCAUGUUAACUCUAAAGGCUUACAAUUGUCUCCUAAAAGUACCCAAGCUCUUUUGGUAUCUAACAAUGGAAAUGUACUUGAGUUAUAUCAAGCAAGACAUCAAAUAAAAAAAAUAAAAAAUAAACUAGGGUCAACAUGUAGUGGAAGGGAUAAAGUAGAAGAUGAUAAUAAUAGUAACACAAAUCAUCUGGAAAGUAAAAAAGAAUUGGAAAAUACUGUUAAUAAGAUAAUUGAUGAUAAUAAUUUAGGUUCAACUAUAUUUAUGUCCACUGAGAAUUAUUUGAAAUUGUUACUAACAUUUCCUUGUAAGCAAUGUGGAGAAUCUAAGUAUUCAACUGAGUUUACCAAUGAACCAGAUUGUAUGAGUUACUCUAAAACUUUAGCUGCAACAGGAUUAAUAGCUGGAUUAAAUAGAAGAGAGUUGGAAACUGGAUUGGCAUUUAUGGGAAUUACUUCUCAAUCUUGCUCAAA